UAUAUAUACUGCAGGAAUGUUUGUGUGCUUAAAAAUCUUGAAUAUUUUGGUUUGAUCCAGCAUUUUCAACUAUAUAUUUGUACAUUUUUGUGGUAUUUUUCUUACAGAUGAUUGUGGAGACGGCGUUGGAAGUACUGGUGCCGUCGUGGUGGGAGGUGAAAGUCACCGUUGCCGCCACGGCAUUCGUCAUCAUUUCUUACUGGUUCUUUGCAGUCGGCGGCGAUGCUAACGCUGGUGGUCGUGUUGCCGUCGAUGAUGAUUCUGGCGUCGUCGAUGAUAAAGACAAGAUAGGCCAGUUAAAAGGAGACUCGCCAACUAAUUCUGCAUAUAUAAUCAAGGUUGAACUGUUAGCUGCUAAAAAUCUAAUUGCUGCUAAUUUGAAUGGCACAUCAGAUCCAUAUGCAAUCAUCACUUGUGGUGCACAAAAAAGAUUUAGUUCAAUGAUCCCUGGCUCAAGAAAUCCUAUGUGGGGGGAGGGGUUCAACUUUUCUGUUGAUGAGCUGCCAGCAGAGAUAAAUGUGACAAUAUAUGAUUGGGACAUAAUUUGGGAAAGUACUGUUCUUGGUUCAGUGACUGUACCUGUUGAAAAUGAAGGUCAGACAGGUGCUGUUUGGCAUACAUUGAACAGCACAUCAGGGCAGGUUUGUCUUCACAUUAAAACAGUAAAACUCAAUAUCAAUUCAUCAAGGGGUUUGAAUGGUUGUGCUAAUACUCGUAGAAGGAUUGCUUUGGAUAAAGAAGGGCCUACUGUAGUUCAUCAGAAACCUGGGCCACUGCAAACAAUUUUUGAUCUCCCUGCUGAUGAGGUUGUUGAGCAUAGUUAUUCUUGUGCACUUGAGAGGUCAUUUUUGUAUCAUGGACGUAUGUAUGUCUCCUCGUGGCAUAUUUGCUUCCACUCAAAUGUAUUCUCAAAGCAAAUGAAGGUAGUUAUUCCUUUGGGAGAUAUUGACGAGAUAAGGAGGAGCCAGCAUGCAUUCAUUAACCCUGCUAUUACAAUAAUUCUGCGUACAGGUGCAGGCGGUCAUGGGGUACCUCCUUUAGGAAAUCCUGAUGGGAGAGUACGAUAUAUGUUCGCGUCUUUUUGGAAUAGGAAUCAUGCAAUUAGAGCCUUGCAACGAUCAUCAACGAACUAUCAUGCCAUGCUAGAAGCAGAGAAAAAGGAGAGGGAACAGUCAGCACUACGUGCACAUAGCAGCUCAGUUAAAGGAAGUAAAAAGAUGGAUAUGAGCUGGGAAGAAAAUGUGCCAAUGACUGGGAAAUCUCAGCCUUUUAUCAAAGAAGAAGUCCUUUCUGGUAUAUACAAUGACACCUUCCCAUGUACACCUCAACAAUUUUUUGACAUACUAUUGUCUGAUGGUUCAAAUUUCACUACCGAGUACCGUAUAGCACGCAAAGAUUCUAAUCUCAAUAUAGGUCCAUGGCAUUCUGCUGAUGAGUAUGACGGCCAAGUCAGAGAGAUUACAUUCAGAACCAUAUGUAACAGUCCUAUGUGUCCCCCAGAUUCAGCAAUGACGGAGUACCAGCACGCCAUCUUGUCACCGGAUAAGAAAAUGCUGGUUUUUGAGACUGUACAACAGGCCCAUGAUGUCCCAUUUGGAUCAUGCUUUGAGGUUCACUGUAGAUGGUUGUUAGAGGCAUCUUCUGACACAUCCUGCAUUUUAGACAUAAAAGUUGGUGCGCAUUUCAAGAAAUGGUGCAUUAUGCAGUCUAAAAUUAAGGCAGGAGCUGUCGACGAGUACAAGAAGGAGGUUGCAACAAUGACAGGGAUGGCUCGUUCAUUUGUUCAAUUGGGAAUCUCAGGUAGUGAAAUGCUAAAUGCUGCAUCUGAGCCUUCCAUUACUCAAUAGAACAUCUAAUUUAGGUUAUAUUUAGCUUCAGAAUUCUUUGAAAGUGUUUCAUAAUUCUGUUUUGUUUGUUUGUAAGUAAGAUAGUACUACCAUAAGUCCAUGUAAUUGUGUCACAAUCUUUGGAUAGUAACUGCACCCUAUUCCCCAAACAGAGGUCAAGUGGUGCUUUUUUUGUAAAUUUAUGGAUCACAAUUUUUGUAUCAAGAUUAGAUGAUUUUUCUU